AUGGAAUCCCGCUCGCCUUUGAAAGUUGUCAUUAUCGGAGCAGGCAUCGGGGGUUUGAUGGCCGCGUGUGCUCUUCGUGAGACAGGCCAAGAUGUUGAUGUCUACGAGCAGUCCCAGAUGGCAAAUGAGAAGGGCGCCGCCAUCGCGCUGCAGCCAAACUCGACAACCCUGCUCCGUCGCUAUGGGUUUGAGCCUGAGAAAUUUGGAGCGACGACCAUGGAGAAUGUGAGUCCCAAAGCAAGCCCGGCGCAAGAAAUGGACGCUGAUCGUGUUUGGUUCUGCUCCAAGAUGAUGAUGAUGGAUGGUGCCAGUCUGGACGUGAUGCAAGAGAUAACCGACAAGGUGAAGGAGGCAACCCUGUCGGAGCAGCGUGCACAAAAAUGCUAUUUCAUUCACAGAGUCGAUCUCCACAGCACUCUGAAGAAAAGGGCGACUGAGCUGGGUGCCGUGCUCCACGCCGGAUGUGAGAUUAAGAGUGUGGAUGAAGACGCCAACACCAUCACGCUCGCCGACGGCACGACCGUCAAGGCAGACGUGAUCAUCGGUGCCGACGGAGUCCACUCCCGAACACGCAAGGUGGUCUUCGGAGAGUCUUACCAAGAACAUCCGUCGGCCCUGAGCUGCUUCCGAUUCUUGAUCCCGACCAAGAGCCUUAGAGAGGAUCCAGAAACACGCGUCUUCGUCGAGAAGCCUGGUAGCAUGAUGGACCUAGUUGGACCAGACAGGCGCAUCAUCCUUUACCCGUGCUCCCAGGGCGAGUACCUCAACGUUCUUCCUAUUGUCCCGCGCCAAUUGGCUGAAGCUGCCGGACCGAAGAAAGAGAACCUGCUGUCCGCCUUUUCCAUAUUUGCAUCGCCGGUGCAGCGGAUGUUAGAAAAGACUGACGAACAGAGCAUUACAAUGUGGCCCUUGUUCGACAUGAGCGCUCUGCCCAUCUGGGCCAAAAACUCUGUUGCUCUGCUCGGGGACGCUGCACACCCCUUCACGCCAUUCCUUGCUCAAGGUGCCGCAUCGGCAAUGGAAGACGCCGUCUCUCUGGCCGUCAUGCUGCCUCUUGGAACCAAAACAGGGCAGGUUCCUGGCAGACUGCAACUAUACGAGCGCUGCCGCAAGGCCAGGGUCGAUCGCAUCCAGGAGUUGAGUCGCGUGAGAGGCAGAGAUGCAUCGGGAGAGCGAGGUAAACCGCCGACCGGGAACGAGAUUUUCAGCUUUGCCAUGUACUGCAAGCAACACGACGAAUACGUCCAUUCGAGCAAGUUUCUGGAGGCUUUUGAUGUGCCUUUCAUCCCUGCACCACCGUCCCCCAUGAGCAACCCCUAG